UGCUAUUUUAUGGAAUAACAUAUGAUCACUUGUAAGUGAUCUGAUUGUAUAAAUAUUUUAUACGUCAUCAAUGUAUAUAUGAUUUAAAAUCCCAUAAAUUUAAAAUAAAUCCUUUUGGACAUAUACCACUAAAAGCCCUCCCCCACUUCACCACCAAUGAAUCUUCCUAGUUACUUACCAUCUUCUUCUCAUUGUGUUGACCCAUAAUACCCACAUCUCCAUAUCUUCAAAGUAGUAGUAGUAGUAGUAUUUUAUAUUAUUUGUUUAAUGUCAUUAGAAAAAUAAUCUUUAUUGCACACAAAAAAUGGGGUGGACUUUCCUAUAUAUAUAUUCAACUCUUUCCAUAUCAACAACAACCCAAUUCAUACUCUUCUAACUCUCUCUUUCUCCUCCUAACUUCUCUACUACUACACAACCAAUUCUUGUACUUUUCUCUUCACAAAAUCCCUUGUUAUUUUCAUUUCUCAUCAACCAAAACAACACAUACACACACCAAUGGAAGGAACUAGUAGCAUAGAUCAAGAGAGCACUACUAGUGACUCUCUCUCCAUUGCUCCGGCGGCACCAUCGCAACAACCAUCGAUGAUGACGACGACCAAGCCGCCGGAGAGUCUUUGUAGGAUGGGGAGUGGAACAAGUAGUAUGAUAAUUGAUGGUGAAAAUGGUGUGGAAGCUGAAUCAAGAAAACUCCCAUCUUCAAAAUACAAAGGUGUGGUCCCUCAACCAAAUGGACGUUGGGGUGCACAAAUCUAUGAAAAGCAUCAAAGGGUUUGGUUAGGCACAUUCAACGAGGAGAAUGAAGCCGCCAGGGCAUAUGACGUCGCGGCCCAGAGGUUCAGGGGCCGCGACGCUGUUACUAAUUUCAAACCCUUACUUGAGAAUCAAGAAAGUGAUGAUGAUGUGGAAAUCGCUUUCUUGAACUCGCAUUCCAAGGCGGAGAUUGUUGACAUGUUACGUAAACAUACGUAUAUCGAUGAGUUAGAACAAAGUAAGAAAUUAUUUGGAUAUACUAAAGAUGGUACCAUGGCAAAAAAUAAAGAUGGACUUAUUGAUAUAAGUUCAUUUUUUGGUGGUGGUGGUACUAUUGAUAAAGUCAACAACAAAGUUCGUGAACAGUUAUUUGAAAAAGCUGUUACCCCAAGUGAUGUUGGUAAAUUAAAUAGGCUUGUGAUACCAAAACAACAUGCUGAAAAACAUUUUCCAUUACAAAAUGGAAAUAACUCGAAAGGGGUUUUGUUGAAUUUCGAAGAUUUAAAUGGUAAAGUUUGGAGAUUUAGAUAUUCGUAUUGGAAUAGUAGUCAAAGUUAUGUUUUAACCAAAGGAUGGAGUCGUUUCGUAAAAGAAAAAAACUUGAAGGCCGGUGAUAUUGUGAGUUUUCAGCGAUCUACAAGUGGAGAUAAGCAAUUGUACAUCGAUUUUAAGGCUAGGAAUAUGGCCCCCACAAAUCCGGUCGUUACUAAUCAAGUUCAAGCUCAGGUUCAAGUUCCGCGAGUACAAAUGAUGAGAUUAUUCGGAGUUAAUAUAUGCAAGAUACCCGCUACGAUAAAUAAUGUUGUUGAUAAUAAUAACAACAACAACAAUAAUAUGGCUAAUUGUAGUGGGGGCAAAAGGAUGAUGGAGAUGGAAUUGUUGACAUUUGAGUCAUGUAGGAAGAAACAAAGGGUGAUUAUUGAUGCCUUGUAACAUGUAGUAGUAGUAACUUUUCCCUUUUUUGUUUUUGUAAUAUUUUUUUUUAAUGUUUUGUACCUUUUCAUGUUUUUUUUUCUUACUUUAGAAGUUGCAAGUUGCAAGUUGCAAAAAGACUUUCAUCAAUUGUAUAUUAGUAUUAGAGAAGAAGAAAUAGCUCAAAAGUGAGCUAUCUUAGGUGAAAUGAAAACAAAGAUGAAAUGAAAAAACAAGAAAUGUGAAUCUCUUCUUUUCAAAA